AUUUCCCCCUCCCCCCCAAGUUUGGAAAUUAUUUCAACCAUCUCUUAAAACUAAAAAAAGGGUAAAACGACAAAGGAAGGGUUAAGAACGCAAGUGAUAAUAGUAAUAGUAAGAAAAAUUACAAGACUAUAAAGAACAGCAACUCUAACCCUUCCUUUGCUUUGCUAUUUCCAACUUUAAAUUAUUUUAAUUUCUAUACACACACACACACACUCUCUCAUUUAAUUGCAUUUAAACUUUUAUUUCCUAUAGUAUUUUUCACAACACAAAAAGCAAAAGCAGAAAAUGACUUUUACCGAAUCCAACCACCACCAGCAACUGGAUCAAAUGCUUGACCAAAUCACCGAAUCAUUUACAAUCAGCGACCAGCAGCUCACCACCCUCGUCUCCAGUCUCCACUCCGAGCUCACCCGCAGUCUCCAGCGCAACCACAAGCACACAGGCGAACUCCACAUGCUCCCCUCCUUCAUCCACACACAGCCCCCCAGCGGACUCUCCCUCGGCAUGUCCAUCGAUGCAUCCGGCAAGCGCGUGCGCAUCACCAGCGUAAACUUCUCCCACAACUCACCACCAAGCCCACCAACCACGCAGGUUUUCGUCACCCCGCGGGAAUUCAUCCAAAGCAACAACCUCGAAGGUCAGGAGGUUCUGCCCUUGGGCAUAACCAUUGGGCUCCCACUGAGUAAUACCGGUGGUGCUGGGUUUAGCGUAUCGGAGACUGCCAAGGAGGAUCCCUUGGAUCUCACUGGCAGCAAUGUCGCCCGGGGGCUCUAUGACACAGUACUGCGCAACCACCUCCCCGUACGCAUCACAUCUGUGACCAACAACACUGUCAGCGCACUAAUUGCUGCACGGCACAUGGACAAGACCACACGCGUGGCCGCAGCUUUCAACCACGGCGUUAACGCCGCAUACUUUGAACAGCUGCACAACAUCGAGCAGCAGCAGCCUGCCAAGACUGCAGACAGUAGAAGGUGUACACCGGAGAUUGUGGCGAUUAAUACGGAGGUUGGCCGUUUCGGUUCCCUGCAUAAUUCCAGCGCACUGCCGCUGACCAUGUGGGACCGCCGCGUCGACCGAGAAUCGCGCACUCCCGGGGCCCGCACCUUUGAAAAACUAGUCGCCGACAAAUAUCUCGGCGAAAUCACUCGCAACAUUCUCCUUGAUCUCAUGGACUGUCGGCUACUUUUCUCCACAACCACGGAUGCUACCAGGAUCAGCACCGAAUGCACCUUCCACACCGCAUACAUGGCGCCAAUCAUGGAGGACUGCACCGCGGAUCUGUGUUCCGUCGAGGAUAUUUUUGCUGCGGAAUUCAAUAUCUCGGGAAUCUCGCUGAGAGACCGCAGGACUAUCCAGAGGGUCUGUUGUUUGGUCGCACGGAGGGCAGCGAAACUGUCUGGCGCUGUGUUGGCUGCCCUAGUGUUAAAGGCGGGAUUGAAGGCGGGGGAACCAGUGUCGGUUGCGUUGAGCGGAGUACUGUUUGAUGUUAAUUUUGAGAUUUACGAGAUGGCUGUGGAUACCCUCAAGUGUAUUCUGAUGCGGUUGCAAGGUGAUGGCGUGGUUGGCGUACUGUUGCAAAGCAGGGGAUCGGAUCUUCUUGGUGCUGCUGUUAAUGCCGCCAGUUUUUAAAAUAAAAAAAAAUUCUUUUUCUUAUCAUUUCACUUGUUUGUGUGCCUCCCAUGCAGAGCCUGUCUCACUAUUCGA